GGGGCGAUAGCUAGCUUUUCCGUACGCUCGGCGCCUGACUCGCUGCAGCCCCACGGUGCUCCUUCCAAUCAGGGGAGAGCAACGCACGUCGUUGCGGAAGUGACGGCAGUUCCGUGUCCAGUGGGGGAGGUGGGAGUGAUGAGGAAACUGAGGCGGUGGUAGCGGUUGUGUGAAGAUGGAGUUUCCCGGAGGAAAUGACAAUUACCUGACGAUCACUGGGCCCUCGCACCCCUUCCUGUCAGGGGCCGAGACAUUCCAUACUCCAAGCUUGGGUGAUGAGGAAUUUGAAAUCCCACCUAUCUCCUUGGAUUCUGAUCCCUCACUGGCUGUCUCGGAUGUGGUUGGCCACUUUGAUGACCUGGCAGACCCUUCCUCCUCACAGGAUGGCAGUUUUUCAGCCCAAUAUGGGGUCCAGACAUUGGACAUGCCUGUGGGCAUGACCCAUGGCUUGAUGGAGCAGGGCGGGGGGCUCCUGAGUGGGGGCUUGACCAUGGACUUGGACCAUUCUAUAGGAACUCAGUAUAGCGCCAACCCACCUGUUACAAUUGAUGUUCCAAUGACAGACAUAACAUCUGGCUUGAUGGGGCAUAGCCAGUUGACCACCAUUGAUCAGUCAGAAUUGAGUUCUCAACUUGGUUUGAGCUUAGGCGGCGGCACCAUCCUACCACCUGCCCAGUCACCUGAGGAUCGUCUUUCAACCACCCCUUCACCUACUAGUUCACUUCACGAGGAUGGUGUUGAGGAGUUCCGGAGGCAAGUUCCCAGCCAGAAGACAGUGGUGGUGGAAGCAGGAAAAAAGCAGAAAGCCCCAAAGAAAAGAAAAAAGAAAGAUCCGAAUGAACCUCAGAAACCAGUUUCAGCAUAUGCUUUAUUCUUCCGUGAUACACAGGCUGCCAUCAAGGGACAGAAUCCCAAUGCCACUUUUGGAGAGGUUUCAAAAAUUGUGGCCUCCAUGUGGGACAGUCUUGGAGAGGAGCAAAAGCAGGUGUAUAAGAGGAAAACUGAAGCUGCCAAGAAAGAGUAUCUGAAGGCUCUGGCUGCUUAUAAAGACAACCAAGAGUGUCAGGCCACUGUAGAAACAGUGGAGUUGGAUCCAAUGCCAGCAUCACAGACUCCUUCUCCACCUCCUAUGGCUACUGUUGACCCAGCAUCUCCAGCUCCAGCCUCAACAGAACCCCCUGCCCUGUCCCCUUCCAUUGUUGUUAACUCCACUCUUUCAUCCUAUGUGGCAAACCAGGCAUCUUCUGGGGCUGGGGGUCAGCCCAAUAUCACCAAAUUGAUUAUUACCAAACAGAUGUUGCCCUCUUCUAUUACUAUGUCUCAAGGAGGGAUGGUUACUGUUAUCCCAGCCACAGUGGUUACCUCGCGGGGGCUCCAACUAGGCCAAACCAGUACAGCUACUAUCCAGCCCAGUCAGCAAGCCCAGAUUGUCACUCGGUCAGUGUUGCAGGCAGCAGCAGCAGCUGCUGCAUCUAUGCAACUGCCUCCACCUCGACUACAGCCCCCUCCUUUACAACAGAUGCCUCAGCCCCCUACUCAGCAGCAAGUUACCAUUCUGCAGCAGCCACCUCCACUCCAGGCCAUGCAACAGCCUCCACCUCAAAAAGUUCGAAUCAACUUACAGCAACAGCCACCUCCUCUGCAGAUCAAGAAGAUUGUGCCUCUACCCACUUUGAAAAUGCAGACUACCUUAGUCCCACCAGCUGUUGAAAGUAGUCCUGAGCGGCCUAUGAACAACAGCCCUGAGGCCCAUACAGUGGAGGCCACCUCUCCUGAGACAAUCUGUGAGAUGAUCACAGAUGUAGUUCCUGAGGUUGAGUCUCCUCCAAUGGAUGUGGAAUUGGUGAGUGAGUCUCCUGGGACACUCUCACCCCAGCCUCGAUGUGUGAGGUCUGGUUGUGAGAACCCUCCGGUUGUGAGUAAGGACUGGGACAAUGAGUACUGCAGCAAUGAGUGUGUGGUGAAGCACUGCAGGGAUGUAUUCUUGGCCUGGGUAGCCUCCAGAAAUUCAAACACUGUGGUGUUUGUAAAAUAGUCCUUCCUACUCUCCAAACCAGUGAAGAUUUAUCUGCUGGGAACAUGACCAAGAGCCUGUUUUUGAAAUACAAGCUUGGCUUCUGGUAGUGCCUGAUCUCAACCCAGGAUGGCCCUUCAUACUUCCUCCCCUUUUCUCCUUUCAGCAGAGGCCAUGAAGCAGGGCCACUGAGUUUGUUAUAAUCUGGAAUUGCUUAUUCCUUUCAACUACAAGCAGAAAUGCCAGUGAUAAUAGCAGAAGAAAGGGUGAAGGGAGUAUGGACAAGCAAAACAUAGGGAUGGUAGGGGUGAUGGGGGUUUGAGUAAACUUACUGGUAUAAUUGUCAUAGGACUUGCCUAAAAUAUUAUUAAAAUGAUGGGAGAGUACUCAGCUUUGA